UUCAGUAUUACGGUAAACUUGUCGCCUUUAGUUGGUUACUUUAGUUAAAGUUAGAAACAGAGCACAAAGUGGAAACAGGAAUUCAAGAAACAAAUGCGUCCACGGUCAGCUGUGGAGAGUUGGGUGCCAUCGUCAGUGAUGUCAGCAGCACAAGUGUCUCUAAACUCGGGCCAUUUGGAUCUGAAGCCUACAACACAAGGGCUUUCCAUCAAACCUAGGCCUAUGAGUGCAUCUCGGACACCCACUGGAGAUUUCUCAAGAAGAAACACUCUCAAAUCUGACUCUGCCUCCUCUGUGCAGUCAGUGGCAGAUGAGAAUCUUUCUUUGGCGGAGAUCGAGAAUCUACUCUUGGAGAGCAUCGAGGACAAGAAGGAUGACUUGAAGGCUGCUUUUGAAGCUUUUGACCAGGAAGGCAACAAGAUUGUCACCAAAGGAGAGUUCAGACGUGUAAUUGAGGGCUUUCUUGUACCUCUCACAGAGUCUCAGUUUGAGGGUCUGUUGACUAAGGUUAAAAUAAUAGAAAAUGGAACAAUUCCCUAUAUGGAUUUUCUCCGAAAAUACUGCAAGGUUUCAUCUGCUGUUUGCAGAAACGCAAACAUGAGUGGACGUUACAGAAACUGGUCCCUUAGAGAACUACAGUGUCAUCUAAAAGACAAGAUCGGAGGCAAUUUGAAAAACAUCACCAGGGCUUUUCGGCUCUUUGACUACAACAGCGAUGGGCAAAUACAGCAACAUGAGCUACGUAAAGUGCUAGAGGGCUACUGCUUUCCCAUGAGCCAGCAGGAAUUCCACAGACUGUGGUCACACCACAACCUGAAUAAUGCUGACACAAUAUCUUACAAGGAGUUUCUUGAGAAACUUGGCGUUGAUUGUGAAAAUUAUAGGAAGAUUGUGCCAGAUUCUGUAAAACUAGCACUGGACUGGGAUGCUGUCAGUCGAGCUACAACAAGACCUAAAAGUAAAACAAGUGUAAGGGCAUUUACAGGCAAGUCCAGGGACACCUUGGAUGAAGUUCAGUCUAAGUUUUUGAGCAAAAUGAAGAAAAAUCAUAGCCUUGUUGAAAAAGCUCUGCAAGCAUUUGACAUCACAGAGAGUGGAUUUGUCACAGAAGAGAUUCUCAGAUCUGUCCUCAGUAAUUUCCUAUUCCCCAUGGAUGGCAGCAUGUUCAGAGCCUUAUUAAACAGAUUUGGAGUGAGCACCACAGAGCCUGUGAAAUGGAGAAUGUUUCUCAGAUUGUUUAAAGAUGAAAAGCAAACUAUAGAAAUACAGAGAGAUUCUGUACCAGCAACUCCAGACAUGAACAGUGUUGAAGCAAUUCUACCAAGACUGCGUCAGCAAAUACUUGAUAAUCAGUCUCUUCUGAUGGAAGUUUUUCUGGAACUUGACAAAAACAGAACAGGUUUCAUCAGUAGAGAUGGACUGCGUAGGGGUUUGGAAAAUGUCAGCUUCUGUCUCACAGAUGAGCAGUUCAGGGUUCUUGCUGAUCUUCUGGAUGCAGAGCAUGAGGAUGCCAUCAGUUACCAACAGUUACUCGACCUCCUCCAUCAACAAAGGCCAAUUAUGGUGGAAAGGAUUCUGAAGGAGAAGCUCACUGAGAACUAUGACAUGCUGAUAGAAUCUAUCACCAACACAACCCAAAAUCAGCGGGACACCAUCCCUCUAGAAGACCUGAGGAGACUGAUCCAACAAUAUGGACUAACGCUGACUGAGCACCACUUCAGCAAGCUCUGUGAACCAUUUUUGGAGGAAAGAGGUGUGAAUUACAAGCUGCUUUUAAAGAGCUUGGGUGUCCCAGAAAAGACUGAUGGUACACAGUGUAUCAUCGAGAGAGAGGAGAAGGCACAAGAGGCUCACAUUUUGAACAUAAAAGCACAAGCAGUAAAGGACUUUGUCCUGAAGAAGCUCAGGGACAGGCUUCAGAGGCGAGGGAUGACUCUUCACGAUUGUCUGAUGUCCACCAGGAAAGCUUCAAAAGCAGUGCUUACACUCAGAGAGUUCUGUAAGGUUCUGGAUGACUGUGGUAUUUUCUUGGAAGGACUCCAGUUUCAGAUGCUCAUCGAGUCCCUUGGUUUUCGCUGUGGACAGAUUCCUCUUACUGAUUUGGUGGCUAAAUAUGAAGAAGCCACAGCAAAAGAAAAGAAUGAAGAGCCAGACAGAAGGACCAGAAAUGUACAAGAUAAAACCUUAUUGUCUGCAGAGGACUGCUUGAGUCUACUUAAAAAGAGGAUCCUGGAAUAUCAUGGGGAUGUUCUGACUGCUUUUCGCCUCAUGGACAAGAACCGAGAUGGCAUAGUGAAUCGGAAUGACUUUAGGGCUCUGUUUGACAGCCUGAUGUUUGUGACCAAAGACAGAGAGUUUCAGAAAUUGCUGGACCUGGUGGGACUGAAACCUGGCGCUACACUUAACUACGCAGACUUCUACAACAAGGUCCAAUCUAGUGGCAAGACGAGACCACAUCAAUUUGAAAAUGUCUUAGGUGACGAGUGGCUUCUCCAGAUUCAUGAUCACCUAACAGCUAUCGCACACAAAGGAUCGUCAGAGUUCUACAAGGCCUUUUGUCAGUUGGGUGAUGAUUGUAAAAGCAUCAUGACUAAGAAUGAUCUAAGGCAGCUUCUAUUUACAUACUACUUGCCUAUCACACCAAAUGAGUUUGAAAAACUGUGGGGCAGAUAUGAUGAGGAGGGGAAGGGCUUCCUCACACAGACAGAGUUUCUAAGAAAGCUUAAAAUCACACCAGAUGAAGACAGUCAGUCAGACACUUUACAAGAACAGUCCACAGAUAAGGCAGUUUGCACAACAACACCUGACAUACAGGCUACACUACAUAAACUCAGGAAGUGGAUCAGGAGUGAUUUUGAGAACGUGAGUGGAAGCCUUUUAGUUCUGGAUACAAACAGAGAUGGCCAUGUGACCAUAAUGGACCUGCAGUCUCUUCUGCACAGACAUGGUUUUCAGUUAACGGAAACACAGCUCACACGUCUACUCAACCUCCUUGGAAUUGAUGCCUGUCAUAAGAAGCUGCCAUACCUUGAUUUUCUGAAGCAGCUUGCUGGACCUCCAGUCUCCAGUGGUUCUGCAGUUGAAUGCCCAUCUGAUGGUUCUCCAGAACCAGUGGAGAGUGUUGAGGAGCUAAGCCCAGAAAGAGCCAUACAGAAGAUCAGGGAGCUGGUGACUGCUUCCUCAGAUACUCUCUACAAGGCUUUCUCUGCUUUUGAUAAUACUGGAGAUGGUAUGAUACAAAAAGUAGAGUUUCGUCAAGUGCUGGACCAUUUCUGCGUCCGUCUCUCAGAUGUGCAGUUCAAGAAGCUGCUGUCCAAAUUGAGUCUGCGCGAAGGGGAAGACAUUAUGGUUGACUGGAAGGAAUUCCUGCAAGUCUUCCACCUUCAGAAACAGGAGACAGCAGAAGAAUGGCUGGAGAAAGUCCAUAAGAUGCGCUUUCCCAAUCAGACUCGCCCUUUAUUGAUCAGCGACAUCCUGAGGCGGAUACAGGAAGUAGUGAUGGCCCAUCUUUACACUGUCACAAAGGAGAUGGUGGACCUCGACUAUGCCAACAUAAAUGUUAUCUCCAAGGAGGAUUUUAAGACCAUUUGUGAUCGUCACUUCAUGAGACUUACAUACGAUCAGUUUCAAAAUCUGUGGAAGAUGCUACCAGUUAACACCUUUGGAAAUCUGAAGUAUCGAGAAUUCCUGAAAAAGUUCAGUGGGGAACAAAGUAGCUUGGAAAAAGUUGGUAGAUCUUUACCAGGUUCUGCAAGACCCACAUCAUGUAGGCCAACGUCCCUCCUACGGCCCAAAACAGCACCCUGCACAUUUGGAUGCUCUUCGCCAUUAGACUCAGAGAAGAUCAAGAGGCCUUCCACAUCAAGCAAGGUCCAAACACCACUGUUGAACUGUGAGGAUGUGGAGAUGAAGGUGCGCCACAAGAUCCAGAACUGUUGGAGGCACAUUCAUAGGAAGUGCAGGGAGGCAGACACUGAGAGGACUGGGGAGAUUGAUGUGAAUACCUUUUUAGAGAUACUCCAGGAUCUCCAUAUUCAACUAAGUCCAUCUGAGUUUGAGCAACUGGCUAUUAAAUAUGACAUCAAAAACAGUGGCCGUCUCUCCUACCUGGACUUCCUGAGGCACUUUGUGCUGAUGUUCAGUCCUCAGGUCAGCACCUCAACCUACAGACUCAAACUGCAUCCACCCAGGACACCAAUGAGUGCUGGACCACUGAGUGGCCAGUGUGUUGAAGCCAUGCUGAGAAUUUCUAGGCCCAUCCAGCUCGUCUGGAAGCAAAUGAGGCAAAGAUUUGUGUCCUUUGACAAAGAGCACACUGGAAAGAUCUCUCUUCAGGACUUCAGAAAGGUUCUGAGGCAAUACAGUGUGAAUCUGUCAGAAGAAGAAUUCUUUCAUUUCACAUCUUUUUUUGACAAGAACAUCUCAGGAAAGAUUUCAUACAAUGAUUUUCUACGUAUGUUCCUAAAAUGAGUGCCAACUCCUUUGUUUCCUACUUUUGAGUGUGGUAUUGCUCUGAUUCAGAUACACUGAUCACAUAUUUUUGUA